CCUGUCUCCGCCCCUGGGUCGCGUCACGACUCGCGCCCUGGCUCCCUGUCCUACCUUCGACCCCGGGAAGCGCAGCGCAGCGCAGCGCAGGCUUUUGGGGAGACGCCCCUCUCCUCUCGGCAGGACUGCUGCAAAGCACGAGCAGGGAGGCCAUGGCCGCCCCGCAGGUGACUGUGGGCACCACCACAGUGGAUGGGCAAACCCUGUUCUACCGGCAGGCCAAUCCGGCCCAGCAGGCCCCCAAGCUGUCUGUCCUGCUGCUCCACGGCAUUCGUUUUUCAUCGGAGACCUGGCUCAACCUGCAGACGCUAUCUAAGCUGGCAGAUGCUGGCUACCGUGCUGUGGCCAUUGAUCUGCCAGGGUUCGGCCAUUCCAAGGAGGCGACAGCUCCGGCCCCUGUUGGGCAGCCUGCCCCGGGGGGGUUCCUAAAGGCUGUCUGUGAGGCCCUGCAGUUGGGCCAGGUGGUUGUGAUCAGCCCGUCCCUCAGCGGGAUGUAUUCGCUCCCGUUCCUCUUCCAGCACAGCCAGCUGGUUCAGGCCUACGUGCCGGUGGCGCCCAUCUGCACCGAGAAGUUCCCCGCCACGCAGUACGCCAGCAUAAAGACCCCCACGCUGAUUGUGUAUGGGGACCAGGACACCCAGCUGGGGGAGAUGAGCCUGAACAACCUCAAGAACCUGCCCAAUCACAAGGUGCUGCUGCUGAAAGGAGCGGGACAUGCCUGUUACCUGGACAAGCCGGAGGAGUGGCACCUAGGCCUGCUGGACUUCCUGAAGAGCCUGGAGUGACGAGUGGCCUCUCUUUUGCCCCAGCCCUUCGGUGCGCAAUCUGUCAGGCACACGACUGGCUCUUUGGUGCACACCUCCUGUGGAGGAUCUGGGGACCACAGCUUCUCUCUCCCACUAGAGCGGGUACUUAAUCAAUGGCUUCUUGCCAAUCUCGGACAAUCACAGCACACUGGGGGGUUUGCAAAGGGCGGCCACGCAGCCAGAGGCGCCUUCCUGGCAGCCAGGUGCUUGCUCCUUUUCCUUCUUUUUAAAAUGAUUAGAAUUGAAAGGUCUGUAGAAGCUGAUUGGCUAUUAGAAUGGGGUGAGAUGGGGUAUUGAGAGCAUGUUCCCCAGCUUCAUAUUCUAGUGCAAGCCCGUCCUGCCAGUCCUAGCUCCACAGCUCUGCCAAUGCUCCUGCCCUGCAGCCUCCCUGUGACUCCAGCCCUGCCCCCACCCUGCUCUGCCAGUGCCCCCAAUCCUGCCCUGCAGUGCCUCUGCCCCCAUCCCACUCGGCAG